ACAAAAGCACCUCGAUGGCCUAUCGCCUGACCUAGUGCAGUUCUGCAGCCGAAAGCCCCGGAAUGAUUCUUACCGCCCUGAGUUUGAUAUCGGUCGUCACCACAUGGCAAACUGUUGGGGCCAAUUUUUACGAGACCAGCAUCAACGAACCGACCAUUGAUCAUCACCAUCGGAACGCGCUCCGAUUGGAGGCCUACAAGUGGCCAGAUGGUAUCGUCCCCUACCGGUUUGCCGACAGUUGCGACCAGCAGUACCGAUCGGCUGUUCUGGAUGCAAUGAAUGUCCUCCAUCAGGCGACCUGCGUCCACUUCAUUCCGAAGACCACCGAACAGGUGGAGCACAUUCAGUUCGGAAAGUCAGAGCUGGGCUGUGGUUCUUCGAUUGGGUAUCGGCCGGAACAGCGGGAACCGUUGGAUGUGUUCCUGGAUGAUUUCUGUAUCGGUUUACCGGGCGCCAUACAGCAUGAGCUGUUGCACGUGCUGGGGUUGUUUCAUGAGCACACCCGACCCGAUAGGGACGAGUACGUGGAAGUUCUAUGGGAUAACAUCGAACCAGAAUUCCGUCGGAACUUUGUCAAGGGCACGUGGGACUACAUGGAAACGUUCGGACUGCCGUACGACUUCGGAAGCGUGAUGCACUAUCCGUCGUAUGCUUUUGCCAGGCCGGGAACUACGGAAACGAUGGUCUCCCGCCAGAAUCGUACCGCCCAGCUGGGACAGACCGAUGGUGCCAGCGAGUUGGACCUGGAGAAGAUCAGACGGAUGUACAAGUGCGACGGAGUGUCAUCGAGCAAAUAAACUCGUUUUCAUUAAUUGUUAGGAUAAUCUUUAUGUUAACGAAAGCUUCAAAGGAAUGCGUCUACAGAUAGCGGAUAAAAUAAUCAUCGGGCACUUUAAAUACUUUGUUGUUUUAUUUCUAGAUGCGGGUAAACCUAGUUUUUUUUUUUUUUUUUUUUUGCAGUACGUU